UCAUGUAAUAAAUAAAUAAUGCUAGUAGCUAGAUUUUAAAAUGAAUUGAUAUUGCCACAUUGUAAAGAAUGCUUAUAACAGCGAUGUAAUCCAGAAAGCAAGCUGAGUAAAAACAGUCGGCACAGCGCACAUUACUUUUAGUCACACAUAUUUUAGCAGGAAAGAAAAUCGAGCCCAGUCAUAAAUCAGUACCACCAGCAUUGAUUCAAGACAUGGCGGACGACAAGCUAAAGGAUCUGGCAGAGCUCAAGGACCAGCUAGAGGACAUUCAGCGCCGUGUGGAGAAGGAAGUACAGGCUGGGAUCCCACAGGGUGGCAGUGUGCUGGCCUCUCCUUUCCUCAAGGGCUUCUUGGCAGGGUAUGUCGUGUCUAGGCUGCGAUCCUCUGCGGUUUUGGCCGUGGUCCUUGGGACUUGCACAGGCAUCUUUGCAGCUCAAAACUUUGGCGUGCCCAACAUCGAGGAAACUCUGAAAGACUAUUUCAACACUCUUAAAGGACCCAGCAAGUAGCAGCCCUGGUUUUGGGGGGAAAUAUGGAUCUCUGAACCAAUAAACCACACCUCCUUGCCCCCUCAAGAAGAUCCAUUGGACUACCCCACCUCCAAGCCCUCUAUUUUAGAACUGAGAGAAAUUAUACGAUGUGUGUUUGUUAGGAGACAUUUUGGGGGAAACGAUAUAUUCCUUGAAUUACGCAUUAAGUGUCUUUACAAUCAUCUCUUGCAAUGUGUGCAAUAGUCCUGCAGGGACUUUAGCCUAUGUUUUUAUAUUAACUGGAAAGAUAACAUUGUUCCUAUUUUAUGCAAUAGGGAUUUUACUUAUGGAAGUAGGUGCUUUAUAGUGGGAGAUCUUGUUUGCCUCAGGUCAGCUUUCUAUUUCGUCUUGCUCACAGAUCAACCAUAUAACCUUGUUAUACCCAAAACAAUAUGUAUAACCUGUAGUAUCCAGACUUUAAACAUGACUAAGAUAAUAUUAUGUUCAUAUAUACAAAUAUGUCCCCAGGGAGAUACCAGGUUCUCAACCUAUUUCUGGACUUUUAGGUCACUGUAAGUCUACAGUGUUCACACCCCUUGACUUUUUCCACAUGUUGUUGUGUUACAGCCUGAAUUUAAAAUGGAUUACAUGUGGAUUGUUUUGUCACUGGUCUACACACUACCCCAUAAUGUCAAAGUGGAAUUACGUUUUUAGACAUUUGCACAAAUUAAUUAAAAAUUAAACGCUGAAAUGUCUUCAGUCAAUAAGUA